AUGACUGCCGUCGAGACUCUCGUCCAGCCUGACAUUCAGUACCAUCCCGACUGGGACAAAUGCCAGGCCCGAACAGCCCGACGCAAGGCCACGGAGACUCUCCCCCAGACCGUACCAAACGGCUUUCCCACGGAACUGGUCUCCAACCUCGUCUGGGAAGGCAAGGAUGUCGCGAGUCGCGAUGACUGGGUGGUGCGUUUGAGCGAGACGGAGCUGGAUGAGAUCCAUGGCGCCUUGCAGAGCUUCAAAGCGCGCAAUCUCCCCUGGGGAGCGAUCGAUCAAUCCACCUUCCCCCUACCAACGCUACACGAUCGCCUCCGCCAGCAAUCGCGAGAACUACACCUGGGCCGGGGAUUCUUCGUCCUGCGCGGCCUACGCAUCGACCACUACUCCCGGGAAGACAACAUCCUCAUCUACGCGGGGGUAUCCGCGCACGUCGGCAACAUCCGCGGACGGCAGGAGGACCAGCGCUUCAGCAGCGGCACGUCGCUCGUGCUCUCGCACAUCAAGGACAUCACGCGCACCACGCGCGCCGGCACCAUCGGCGCGCCCUCCAACACCGCCGACAAGCAAGUCUUCCACACCGACGCGGGCGACAUCGUCUCGCUGCUGUGCCUCCACCCCGCGGCCGCCGGCGGCGAAAGCAAGAUCGCCAGCAGCUGGCUGGUGUACAACAUCCUGGCGCGCGAGCGCCCGGAUCUGAUCCACACCUUGUCGCAGGACUGGGUGGUCGAUGGCUUCAACAACCCCGCUUCGCCCUACACCAAACGCCCCCUGCUCUACUGCCAGCCCGCCACCGAUGAAUCCACCCCGGACCGCGUCCUCAUCCAGUACGCCCGCCGCUACUUCACCGGCUUCCAGGCCCAGCCCCGCUCCGCGGACAUGCCCCCGAUCACCGAGGCGCAGGCCGAGGCCCUCGACGCCUUGCACUUCCUGGCCGAGCAGCACAGCGCCGCGCUGGAUUUCCAAAAGGGGGAUGUGCAGUACAUCAACAAUUUGAGUAUCUUCCACGCCCGGAAUAGGUUCUGGGAUGAGCCGGGGAAGGAACGCCAUUUGCUGCGACUGUGGCUGCGCGAUCCGGAGUACGCGUGGGAGACGCCCGAGCCGCUGCGGAAACGGUGGGAUAUCGUCUACAAGGAUGUGCGGGUCGAGGAGCAGGUGUUUCCGCUGGAGCCGCGGUUGCGGAAGACGGUUGGCGCUUGA